AUGGGUUCUACCGACGAAAUCCCGGUUCGUGAAAAGGAGGACAUGAUAGAAAAGAAACUGGUUCGCAUAGAAUUAGAGGACGGCAACCGUCUCCUCCCCAAGGUUUAUUUGGAACCAAAUGUGUUUCAAGAACUAUGUACCCCAUGGAAGGACGCUCUUGUGGUCAAACUGCUAGGAAAGAAGCUGGGCUACUACACAAUGAAGGAGAGGCUUCAGAGAGUGUGGAAACUACAGGGAGGAUUCGAGAUAAUGGAUAAUGACAACGGUUUCUACAUGGUGAAAUUAGACCAAGCAGCAGACAAGGAAAAAAUUAUUACAGGAGGACCUUGGUUAAUUCAUGACCAUUGUCUAGCGGUUUCUCACUGGUCUCCCGAAUUCGCUUCGCCAAAUGCAAAGAUCGAGCGUACUGUGGUUUGGGUACGCUUCCCCGGUCUCAACUUAGUCUAUUAUGAUGAAAGUUUUCUCAUGGCAAUGGCCUCGGCUAUUGGCCGACCAAUUAAGGUUGACACCAACACCCUGAAGGUAGAACGAGGAAGAUUUGCCAGAGUCUGUGUCGAAGUGGACCUUACCGUCCCAGUAGUCGGCAAAAUCUGGGUGAAUGGACAUUGGUAUAAAGUUCAAUACGAAGGUCUCCAUCUCAUUUGUACCAACUGUGGAUGCUAUGGCCACCUUGGCCGCAACUGUCUCCUUAACCCGGCCGCUACUGAACCAAUAAACAUGCCUGUCAAACAGCCAAAUUCCGGCAAACAGCAACCCUCAAACACAGACCCAAAAUCCAACAAUUUUGACCCGGAAAGAAAUGACCCAAUCCCUGCCCCAGCCGUUACAAAAUCUGCACCAAUAAUAAGCAGUAAUGAACACCUUAAUGAGCUUCAUGGUGACUGGCUCCUAGUCACUAGGAGAAAAAAGAAACCAGCUAAUAACUCUACCCCACCUACCCAAAAAAAUGCAAAUAAUAACAACAGAUUUAUGGCUUUGUCUCCCCUGUCCCACGCCAACAAAAAUUCUAAUCAAAAUCAAAACUUCCCACCUAGACCUAAGCCUCAUGAAAUCACACGUUCCAACAAAGGAAACGCGGAACCCAAGCGCCGCCGCCCUAAUGAUGGAAUUGAUGACACAAUAAUCCAAUCAACCCCACCUCCCACUGUUUCAGGUUCUACAAAACCAGUAGAAUUAAAAAACCAAAGUACUCCCUCCUACGUGACAACCAAAGACCACAUACAUGUGAUGCAUGAUAAUGACCAUCUUACCCCUAACUCCAACUCUUGUCCCCACACAGUAGCAAUGCCUACAUCAAACAAUCACCCACAUGAUCAAAACCACACCCAUGAAAAUAUUGCAACCAACCCCCUGCUCAAAAAUUAUCCCCCUCACAACACCACAUCUUUUCACCAUCACACUUUGAGACAGGAAGGCAUCCAUGAGGAUAUUCAAGAUGACAUUUUUGAAAAUUGUGAAACAGUUCCAGAGACAACAGAUGAUUCAAUGGCCACUUAG